AUGGCUGCCGCUGGGCAACCUCUGGAGCCCGAUACCUUUGAUUCGGACUCGGCAAUCUCGGAGCUUCGGAAUGGCAGUACCGACUCGCCUACCCCGAGUAUGUUGACGGUGCUGGAGGAGAAUGGCAGGACAUAUCACGCAAUGAGUUCCGGGAAAUACCCGUUCCCCAACGAUAUUGUCGAGCAGGAGCGCCUAGAUUUCCAACACCUCAUGUGGACAGUGACGCUGGGCGACAAGCUAUGCCUAUGUCCUAAGGACUCACAAAAGGCAAAGCGCGUGCUGGACGCCGGUACGGGCACCGGGAUCUGGGCGAUGGAUUACGAUCUGAGCAACAUCCAGCCAAAAUGGACACCUCCGAACUUAACAUGGGAGCUGGACGACCUAGAGCAGAAUUGGACAUGGUCUCAGCCGUUCGACUUCAUCUUUGUCCGCAUGCUAGCAGGGAGUCUCAAAAACUACCAAGACUUUAUCAACCAAGCCUUCGAAAACCUUGAACCAGGCGGCUACCUCGAAAUGCAAGACCUCUCCCUUCCCUACCGCUGCGACGACGCAUCCCUAACGCCAGACUCCCCAAUCCACAAACUCUCCGACCUUUUCCUCAGAGGCGGCCGUGUAACAGGCCGCAACAUGGACGCGGCGCCCACCUACGCCACCCUCAUGCGCACCGCGGGCUUCGUCGACGUUGAAGAACAACAAUUCAAGUGGCCCGUCAACGCGUGGCCGCGCGACCCGCACUUCAAGACGUUGGGCGCGUACACGCACUGUAACCUCGACCACGGGCUCGAAGGGUUGACGUUGGGGCUCGCGACGAGGAAUUUGGGGUGGAGUAAGGAGGAGACGCUGCUUUUUUGCGCGACAGUGAGGAAGAGUUUGAGGAGCCAUAAGGUGCAUGCUUAUGUUCCUUUAUACGUUGUGUACGGGCGGAAGCCGACGGUGGCGGAGACGAGUGGAUCUAAUCCACCGGAGGGUAUACAUUAG